ACAUUCGGCAGUUUCCGACUUUUCGAAGAAACUAUUUACAAUGCAUGAAUUAUUUGUAAGGCCAGAUGGGAAUCCAAUGCGGUUUCAUCUUGCAGAUUUAAAUACAGAAAUGGAAACAAAAUAUACAUUAUUAAUUGAGGACUCUGGGGGAAAAGUUGAAGCAACUGCAAAUGAAAAAGUCAUGACUUUUACAAUUCCUGAUAAUUGUAUGAAAUACAAAUUCGUGUUUAACGUGCAAUUUAUAGAUGACUGCAUUGAGCAUAAAAGAAUCUGGAAUAUUAGCAACUAUUACCUGGGCGAUAAAAGAUUCUUGAGAGAUUGUAAAAUGUCUAAAGCAAUUCUGGGAAAAUCACCGUGCGUGUGCUCAUUUGUGAAACACGAAAAUAUUUGUAAAGCUAUACAAAAUAAAAUGUCGACAAGAUACGAAACUUUGAAAUCGACAGUGAGCCAGGAAACCAAAAAAGCAAAAAAUGUACCUUCGAAAAAACGUGCGACCGUGGGAUUAAACAUUGAAAAAAGUAAAAAGAUGAAACAGACAACUUUGAAAAAAUCUUUAUCGAACAAAAAUAAAGAUGAGGAAUGUUCAUCGAGAAUUAUUGAUGAAACUGAUAGUGAAAGUGAAAUCGAGCCUUCUCCUCGUUUAAACAAAACUGCAGGAAAAAAAUUAAGAAAGGUAGUGCAUCGAGAAAUUUCCGAAUUAUCGGAACCCUCUACCUCGAAAGAUAAAUCAGAUAAAAAAAGCGUAGUAAUUUUAUCCAGCGAAGAUGAAGCAGACGAUAAUGAGCCUCAUGAAAAUCCGGUAGAGGAGGACGUUUCUAUUCAACUUCAAAAUUUUAUCGAUGAAACUCGGAAAGAUAAAAAAAUCGAUAAAUUCGGUCAUCCAGAAAGUUCCUCUUCUUAUUAUAGAGAGAAAUUUGAAGAGUGGGAAACUCGAGCGAUGCUUCGUUAUUUAUUAAUUAUUGACGGAGUGGCUGAAGCAAAGAGUCCAGCAGUUUGGAAAAGACUAGUACUACUCAGAGUCCUCCCGAGACAAAAAGGAUACAGGCCAAUGUUAAAUUAUUUCAAGAGAGUAAUUCUGCCCAAUAUCGAGACAUAUAAUUUGCCACCGGAGGCUCUUGCAAAGUUUCAGGCUUUGGGACAUCCGAGAAACAUUAUCGAUACUUGAAGAAUAUUAUUAUUAUUAAAAAUUGUGAGUAUUAUGGAUCAGAAAUAGUUUUCAGUUUACGAUCUAUUUACAAUUUCAUAUGGAUUUAUAUUUCAUGUGAAUUGAAAGUUGUAUUUAUUUUAUAUUUUAUAAAAAAGGAAUGGAUUUGUGUUGAAAUGGAAAUGUGAUGCAUAAUAAAAUAUAAAUAAUUUAUGAGUUAAC